UCAGGCACAACGUGGUUCGGCCUGCAGCGGAGCACACGGCUUUACUGUGAAAUGAGAAGAGCGGCGCGUUUCCUCAGCGCCAACGAUCUGUCGGGAUAAUCUGCUUCUCACCUAAGUUCUGUGUCCUGCACCUUUGACCCCAUGGAGGCGCUACAGCACGGCAAUUCUUCACGCGAGCAAAAUGGCUCGUGCACCAAUCUGUAUGACCACCGGAGCACGGCCAGGAUUCUCAUGCCUCUGCACUACUCCAUCGUCUUCACCGUGGGCCUGCUGGGCAACGCGUUGGCGCUCCACGUCAUCCGACCCAACCUCAAGAAGAUGAACUCCACCACCCUCUACUCCACCAACCUGGCUGUGUCCGACAUCCUCUUCACGCUCUCGCUGCCUCUGCGGAUCCUCUACUACGCCCUGGGCUUCCAUUGGCCUCUGGGCGAAACCCUCUGCAAGGUCAGCAGCCUCAUCUUCUACAUGAACACCUACGCCGGGGUCAACUUCAUGACCUGCUUGAGCGUGGACCGCUUCAUCGCCGUGGUGCUGCCUCUGCGCUUCGGCCGCUUCCGCAAGGUCCAGAACGUCAAGUACAUCUGCAUCGUGGUGUGGCUGUUGGUGCUGGCCCAAACCCUGCCGAUGCUGUCCAUGCCCAUGACCAACCAAGAGGAGAACGGCUUCAUCACCUGCAUGGAGUACCCCAACUUCGAGAAGGUCGACAACCUGCCCGUAAUGCUCAUCGGCGCCGUAUUCCUGGGCUACGGCAUCCCCGUGGUCACGAUCCUCGUGUCCUACUCCGUCCUGUGCCGGAAGCUCUACUUCGCGGCCAAGAGCAACCAUCUGACCGGGAAAUCGGGCCGGAAUAAGAAGGCCAUCGGGGUCAUCUGCUGCGUCAUCUUGGUCUUCGUGGUGUGCUUCAGCCCCUACCACAUCGAUAUUCUGCAAUACAUGAUCCGGAAGCUGCUUUACAGCCCUGACUGCAUGGAGCUGCACUCCUUCCAGGUGUCUCUGCACUUCACCGUGUGCCUCAUGAACUUCAACACCUGCUUGGACCCCUUCAUCUACUUCUUCGCCUGCAAGGGCUACAAGAGGAAGAUCAUGAAGCUGCUCAAGAGGCAGGUGAGCAUGUCCUUCUCCAGCGUGGUCAGGACGUCUCCGGAGGCCUGCUCCAGGGACGCGGCGGAGGGGACGGAGAUCCACCUGGCCAGCAGCAGGACGACGCCGUAGAGGAUUCCAAUCGCCACUCGAGCAGGGGGGCGCGACUACGACACGCCAGCAAGGCCAAGAAGUGUAAACGGGACAGAAACAGCGACUCAAAAAAGCGAGAAGUGGGGGCAUGCUUUUUGUCAAAGCAAAACACAAAUCGACUGUUGUCAUAACCAAGUGCUCGACACAUGUUUUUGGCAACAAAAAUGACGUCAAGACUCAGCGAGUGGGAGGUCGUGACCGGCCGACCCAAACGAUGGAAAGGCGUCGUUCGCUUAAGACGAGCUUGACUUGGUCCGUCUACUGUGUACAGUGUUUUUUUUAAGUCCUUAAAAAAAAAAAAAAAAAAACACACACCUUUGUAGAACUUUGUAAAUCUUUUUGUUUCCACGCACAAUGUCGCUGUGCGGUGGGAUCUGGAGAACGAAACACUCCCAAACAGGCCAGUAUCACAUUACCUUAAAUAAAACACUCCAACCUCGUUCACUCCCGUCAGUAAGACCGUUCGAUUAGAAAUGAAGCGAUCUCGAAUUGUGACCGAAAAUAACAAAACAUAUUCUUUUCAGGACGCUAUGAUCACUAAGACUGGAUAUUAAGGUCUUGGCGCUCGACGUAGCGCUUGCGUGACUCUAGUGAAAAGCUUCCGGUUGCCAGAUCCCAAAAUCUCAAAAGGAAACCACAAUCUGCACAAAAUGUCUUAAUAUCGUCUACCUAAUGUACAGAAGUUAUGGUACAAAAACGCUCCUCUUAAUUUAUUACAUUUACAUUUAUUCGUUUAGCAGACGCUUUCCUUCAAAGUGACG